AUGAAGUUUGCCAUCCUUCUCGCUGCUCUUUGCGGUGUAGCCGUUGCUCAGUUCGGAACUGAUAACUGUAAUCAGGCUCAGUUCUUGGCAUGCAACAGUAAACUUGGAGAUUUCUGGAGAACUGACACUACUACCGCCUGGAAGGAUCUGGCCACUUUGGACAGAAUCACCCAGUCCCUUAUCGUCUCCCCAUAUACCAUUGAUUCCUGGAUUAAUGUUUGCAAUGGAUUCUCUGCUUUCUACGGAUGCCUCGGACAGGCUCAAAUCCGAAACUGUCUCGGAACCGUCGGACUUGUUGGAUCUGGCCUUGAUCUCAACACUGCCUACGCUUACCAAGGAUUCAUUGCUGAUUGGGACUUCAAGUGUGGAGUUGGAUUCUGGACCAUGUACGAGCGUAAGGUUCUGACAACCUGUGUUGAGAGCACCUAUGUGAACUAUCAAAAAGAGACUGCUGCUGCUCUCACUUCCUACCAAACCGCUAUUACUCAAGAUCCAGCUAACGCUUGCAAGUACGCUCAAACUCUAAUGAACGCUUGGCAGAACACUUACAUGAAGGGACCAUGCCGUACUGUCAACCCAGCUCAAGCUGGAUGGAUCGGAUGCCAGUCUGCUCGUGAAUACUCAAAUGCUCAGUUCAGACACUGCAAGCAUACUACCACGUGUGCAUCUCCAUCGUCGGUUGAUGCUGUUACCAGAGUCAACGCUGAAACUGGAAAGACUGAGUAUGAGACUCUUCCAUUCUACGAAAUUGUUAAUGAUAAGGCUGUCAUCUCCCAAGCCGCUUCAUGGAUUUCCGAGUAA